UUUACACGACUUUUUUUUUAUUUCUCUUAUAAUGGUCUUUCAACUUUUCAAUAUUCAUCACCCAUUAAAAGUCUAUAAAUAAAUACAUAUGACCCCCAAAUAUAUCAUAACAAUCAUUACUCAUUCCCCCUUCCUCCAAUACAAAUUGUUGUCAAGUUCAGUUUCUUCUUCCAUUCUAAACUGUGAUCAUAAUCACUUCCAAACAUGGCUUCAACAUCACUUACCUUAAUAUCUUCUACUUUCUUUCAAACAGAAUUUCCAACAAAGAGAACAACCAUUUGCUGCUCCAUUUCCAAAUGUCCUUUUACUCCAAAUUCAGUUACACCAUUAAAAGUCUCGGUGUCCGACAAAAACAUGACACAAUCCCCGAUACCCCUUACUUCAAUAACAACUUUAGUGUCAGACACAGACACGACACCAUCCUCAUCCUCUGCUCCACAACAACCAUCACCCCAACCACCGAAAAAACUUCCAAUGCGAAGAAUCCCCGGUGAUUACGGCCUCCCUUUCAUAGGACCCUUCCAAGAUCGUCUCGAUUAUUUCUACAGCGAAGGUGGCCGUGACACAUUUUUUCGAACCAAAAUGAACAAAUACAAUUCAACCAUUUUUCGCGCAAAUAUGCCACCAGGCCCUUUCAUUUCAUCAAACCCAAAUGUCAUUGUUUUACUUGACGGAAAAUCCUUUCCUAUUCUCUUUGACAACUCCAAAGUCGAAAAACGUGACAUCUUUACCGGAACUUUCAUGCCGUCAACUGAACUCACCGGAGGUCACAGAAUUCUCUCUUACCUCGAUCCAACUGAACCAAAACACGAACAACUCAAAAGCCUCAUCUUCUUCCUCCUCAAAACUCGAAGCAGUCACUUCAUCCCUGAGUUUCAGUCAUCUUACACAAACCUCUUCGAUACAUUAGAAAAAGAGCUUGCUAAAACGGGAAAGGCAACUUUCAGUGACGCAAACGAUCAAGCAGCAUUUAACUACCUUGCAAAAGCAUUUUUCGGAACUGACCCUACCGAAACAAAUCUUAAAAUGGAUGCUCCAAAAAUAGUAUCUAAAUGGACUCUGAUGCAGCUAAGUCCAAUUCUUUCGUUAGGCCUUCCAAAAUAUAUUCAAGAACCACUUUUUCACACUUUUCGUCUUCCACCAAUUCUGGUGAAAAAAGAUUAUCAGAGACUCUAUGAUUUUUUCUACGAGUCAUCUACUGGACCGGUUUUAGAUGAAGCAGUUAGACUCGGAGUUUCUAAAGAAGAAGCAGUUCAUAAUUUGUUAUUCACAACAUGUUUUAAUUCGUUUGGCGGGAUGAAGAUUUUUUUCCCGAAUUUGUUGAAGUGGAUUGGAAGAGGCGGUGUUAAUAUACACCGUAGAUUAGCAGAAGAGAUUCGUUAUGUCAUUAAAUCGAAUGAUGGGAAAGUGUCUAUGGCUGCGAUGGAACAAAUGCCGUUGAUGAAAUCAGUGGUUUAUGAAGCUCUUAGAAUUGAACCACCAGUGCCAUUACAAUAUGGUAAAGCAAAACAUGAUUUUGUUAUUGAAAAUCAUGAGAAUUCAUUUCAAGUGAAAGAAGGUGAAAUGUUGUUCGGGUUUCAACCUUUUGCGACGAAAGAUCCUAAGAUAUUUGAUAAAGCUGAUGAGUUUGUUGGAGAGAGGUUUAUGGGUGAAGGAGAGAAAUUGUUGAAACAUGUGUUUUGGUCGAAUGGCCGUGAGACGGAAGAACCAACGGUUGGUAAUAAGCAAUGUCCUGGUAAGGAUUUUGUCGUGUUGUUUUCGAGGCUUUUGGUGGUGGAGUUGUUUCUUCGUUAUGAUACUUUUAGUAUUCAAGUUGGGAAGUCUCCAACAGGAUCUGCUGUUACUUUUACCUCUCUCAAGAGAGCAACUUUUUAGUUUGAUUUACUCAUGCUGAUAAUCAUAGCUUCAUAGUUCAUAUAUACAAUACAUUUGUUUAGGAUUUUGAUUAAUUAAGUGCAUGUAUUAUGAUGCAUAUGUGCAUCUUAAUUGGAAAUUUGUUCAUCCACAAAUAGGCUAAGAUUAAGAUAAUUUAAUUUCUUUUUUUGGUUUGUUUAUGAUGACUGUUUUUUUGCUUGUAUUGUAUGUACUGCAUGAGGAAUGUGACAAGUUUUAUCUAUGAUGUCAAAUUUUUGUUUCUUUUGGAAUGAUUCUACUUAAUUU